GUUUAAGUUUUUUGUUUAAUUUCAUCAUUGGUUUGAUGUAAUAUCAGAAGAAACUAAAUAAAUAUAUUUUGUUAUUAUUCUACAUGUAAGUAAACAUAAUAAACAUGUAUUAUUUAAAAGUAAGUCAUGAAAGGCAACACUAUUGCUAUAAAUAGUGAAAUUGCCUAAAAAAAUAGAGCAAUCUUAUAUUAUUACUCAGUACUAUCAACUGUAAUAUCAAAAACACAUUAUUAUCAAAGCCAAAGCAUUUUUCAUAAGGAAGAGGGCAUAAAGAGCACAGAUUAAUCAAAAGUGACUUUUGAGAAAAUUUUCAGGUAAAUAUGCAGACGACAAAUUUGAGGAUUUGUUAGAAUUAUUAUACAAGGAUCAAUCACUUACAUUUUUGUCCUAUUAUUGGAAUAUAAGUGGAUCUUGCCUUCCUAAAUAUCUCAAUAAAACACCCUUCAUGGCUAAAUAUCCUACACU